UGGUUUUCAGUCGAGCAUUCAGUGUGAGACCGUCUACCGCUUGAAUAGGUCACCUGUUGUCUGCGGGGACACAUUUUUAAGUUAAUAUUAAACCCAUCUGGUUGGUGUUGGGGGUAACAAAAGCCAGUAUCUUCUGUCUGUUGGUUUGUGAUUGACCAGAAGACUAUAGGUCCUUAAAGAAUGGAAAGUACGACUGGGGUGGUAUGUCUCGUCGUGUUCUUUCUCUUAAUUUCCUUUUGUGCGUCUUUCAUCGUCUUCUAUGUCGCCCACACGAGGUGGAGUAAGAGGAAAAGAGCAAGCGGUAUAAAUUUGCCCGGCCAGCUGUUGCAUCACAAUGUGGAUUUGGGCCGGGAGAUGCCCCAGAAUGAGGACCACCUACGCAUGUUCCCACAUUCACCCAGCAGUCUUUAUCUAAUUGAUUUAAACGCAAUGCUGGUGGAGGUUGACGGUGUUGGUUUUCUUCCUGAUCAGUCUACUCCAAGCACUUCGGAAGGAAGCCUGGAUAUUCCCACAAACUGCAGUGUCAGCGGACAACCAUUAUUAACGAGAAUCGCGGGAGUCUUCGAAGAUAAUGACCCUAAUCGGAAAUCGCGAGAUAACUUAAGAUGACCAUGGAUGUAUAUCUUAAUAUCUACAGUAGUCUACGGAUGAUUUAAAUUAGAAGAAUCUUCUGUUCUCUACGUCACUGUUCGACUAUCACGCCUGUGUAUGUGCAUUGUGGCGUCAUCGUUUGCCUUGUCACUUGAUCAGUCUUUAUUAAGUGAACUGAUAGAUCUGCAUUGUGGCUUAUUAAAUCAGAUAGGCCUAGUGACGUUAAGCAAGAUCUUGGUUGGUCCUUGAAGUAUCUCCAGUUUGACCCUCGCGCAGUCGAUAGGAAUGGUUAGUUCAAGCUAAUAAAGAUACGAAUGCUGGAAUAACCAAGGCAGGUUUGGUCUAAAUUGACUAAGUUAACAGUGGCUAAACUGUCUACUAACCCUUCGGGAACAGUCACAUGAAGACGUUAGACCUAUAUCAAAUGAGUCUAGUAAUUUAACUGACGGCAGCAAAGAGAGAUUUCUCGUGUUUCAUCAAGCAGUUGUAUUAACGUAUUUAUGGACUUAUCAAAUUACAAUAUAUCAUAUAUACCUCCUUAGACAUGUUACCAAUAGGAGCAUAUUUUAGACAGCAAAUUUUAAGCUUAUUUUAAUGACUAAUUUCUUUAUGGAAGACUUUAAAUUAUUUAAUUUAUCUAAUAAAAUGGAAUGAAUC